UUUCCACCGCCAGCCGGCCACCUCUCCCGCCGCGUUCGCGGUCGCGCCGUUUCCCUCGUUCCAGUUCCAAAAGCCUCCCUUGCGGACCUCUCGCAUCCCGAGGGCGGCGGCGAAGGAACCCGUCCCAUCUCUUCCCGGAGCAUGGCCACCGCGACGGGGCCGGAGGACGCGCCGUCCGCGGCCGGGGGCGCUAAAGGAGAGGCCAACAGGAAGCGGGGCAGCGAGCAGGGAGAGGGAGGCGCAGGCGGCCGGCAGAAGCGGAAGAAGAAGGAGGUCUUCAUCUACGGCAACUACAGGAACUACUACGGCUACCGGAUUGAUCGUAAUGUUGGUGAAGAUCCUCGCCUUGAGGCAUUCAACAAGCAGUGGUUUGAAAACAAGGACUGUCUUGAUAUUGGAUGCAACCAGGGUCUGGUAACGAUUGGCUUAGCCAUGAAAUUUAAAUGUCGAAGAAUCCUUGGAGUUGAUAUUGAUUCAGGUUUGAUCGAGACUGCUAAGUGGAAUCUGCGAAGGAUAAUGCGGCAGGAUAAAGUGGCUACAAAAAAUGUUAAAGCUCAAGAAUCAUCAAAUUCCCCAUCUCAGAGCUCUCCAGGAGAAGUGGCACCUGAAUUUUCAAAUGGGAACAAACACCAUGAUCUUUUUAAGAUUGUCUCUUUUCGACGUGAGAAUUUUGUUGAAAGCUUGGAUGGAUGUUCAGAACAAUAUGACACUAUACUUUGUUUAAGUGUGACAAAAUGGAUCCACCUGAACUGGGGUGAUGAUGGCCUAGUGACUUUAUUCGUAAAGAUCUGGAGGCUUCUAAGACCGGGUGGGGUUUUUAUCAUGGAGCCUCAACCUUGGACUUCAUACAGGAGAAACAGAUUAGUUUCAGAGGUUGCAAAAGAGAACUUCAACACCAUCUGUAUAUACCCAGAGAAAUUUCGGGAGAUACUUCUAGACAAGGUUGGGUUUAGGUCGGUAGAGUUGAUUAUGGACAGAUUGGUGGGUACCGCCACUGGUUUUGAUCGACCAAUAGAAGUUUACCACAAAUGAUGAGACCGGAUCAGGAAUUGUGGCAUCCCUGCCCAAAUGCACAUGCCGUAACCAAAUGAUUUGGUGGAGCUUUGAAAUGCUCUCUGACUGAUUGGGUACAACAAGUACAACAAUGCAAGCUUUGCAUGGUGCUGGAUUGCAGAAGGUAAUAGUUUAGAGGUCAAAGUAUCGAGAUGGAAGGGUGGUGGUACGUUGUUGUGUUCACUACAUUUUGGGAAUUUGUGAGUGGGUCUGUUCUUGUAUAAAAUGUAUAAUAGAUACCCUUGUCCUGAAAGUUUUUUUUUUAAAAAAACAUUCCAUGAAUUU